ACUCAAAAAAUUCCAUCCUUUUCUUUGAAAACUGCACAUGGCGUGAGAAGUUCGCUCAACUUACUCCGUACUUACUCAUGCCAAUUUGGGCAUAUUUCAAAGCAGUUUUUCUACAAUUACCUUCGCCAGGUCGUUUUUAAUCGAUUUAUUUUUAUUGUCACUUCCAUUAAAAACUUCUCUCUCUCUGACAGUACAUUAUAACCUCACCCUUUGCCCCGCAGUUUUUUUUUUCUUGCGAAAUUCAUUCAUCCUUCAGUUUUCUCAGAAGACGACGAGGAAAAGAAAAAAAAAACCACGACGACUGAAAUAAAAAAAAAAGAAAGUGCAAUUCUGAGAAAACGAAACAUCUUCAAGGAGAGGAACACAAAGACAAAAAAGAGACAACUAUAUUGAAGUUUGAUUCAAGUGUGAAGAAAAAUACACAAAUCGAAAAUCGCUCACUCCCUUGAUCUAAUCCAAGGAAUUUAAAAAAAAAGGAACAAAAAAAAAAUCAAAAUGAGCGAAGAAACGUCCGCUGAUCGUAAUGUGGAAAUCUGGAAAAUCAAAAAACUCAUCAAGAGUUUGGAAAUGGCCCGAGGCAAUGGCACCAGUAUGAUUUCUCUUAUUAUUCCACCAAAAGAUCAAAUCUCUCGUGUAAGCAAAAUGUUGGCAGAUGAAUUUGGUACAGCGUCAAACAUUAAAUCUCGUGUCAAUCGUCUGUCUGUUUUGGGUGCCAUUACAUCUGUGCAGCAUAGACUUAAACUAUACACCAAAGUGCCUCCAAAUGGUUUAGUUAUUUACUGCGGCACAAUUGUCACAGAAGAAGGCAAAGAGAAAAAAGUCAACAUCGAUUUCGAGCCAUUUAAGCCCAUCAAUACAUCGCUCUAUCUGUGCGAUAAUAAGUUCCAUACGGAGGCGUUGACCGCCCUCCUUGCGGACGACAAUAAAUUCGGCUUUAUCGUCAUGGAUGGUAAUGGAGCAUUGUUUGGUACAUUGCAAGGCAACACACGUGAAGUUCUGCACAAGUUUACAGUUGAUCUGCCGAAGAAACACGGUCGUGGUGGUCAAUCUGCUUUGCGUUUUGCUCGUCUGCGUAUGGAAAAACGUCACAAUUAUGUGCGAAAGGUCGCCGAAGUUGCCACACAGUUGUUCAUUACAAAUGAUAAGCCUAAUAUUGCGGGCUUAAUCCUGGCUGGUAGUGCUGAUUUCAAAACUGAACUGAGUCAAUCCGAUAUGUUUGAUCCUAGACUGCAAUCAAAGAUUAUUAAAUUGGUGGACGUUUCCUAUGGAGGCGAAAACGGUUUUAAUCAAGCGAUAGAAUUGGCCGCUGAAUCAUUGCAAAAUGUCAAAUUUAUUCAGGAAAAGAAACUCAUUGGUCGUUACUUUGAUGAAAUUUCUCAGGAUACAGGAAAAUAUUGCUUUGGAGUUGAGGAUACCUUAAGAGCAUUGGAACUUGGUUCAGUGGAGACUUUAAUUUGCUGGGAAAACUUAGACAUUCAACGUUACGUGCUAAAGAAUCAUGCGAACUCAACCUCGACCACAGUAUUACAUCUAACACCAGAGCAAGAAAAAGAUAAAUCACAUUUUACCGAUAAGGAAAGUGGGGUCGAAAUGGAAUUAAUCGAGUCUCAACCGCUUUUGGAAUGGCUUGCGAACAAUUACAAAAUAUUCGGUGCUACUCUUGAGAUCAUUACCGACAAAUCUCAGGAAGGUAGUCAGUUUGUCCGAGGAUUUGGUGGAAUUGGAGGCAUUUUACGUUACAAAGUAGACUUCCAGAGUAUGCAGCUAGAUGAAUUGGACAACAAUUGUUUCGACGUAGAUGAUUAUUAGAAAAUUUUGGUUUGUUUCAAGUUUUUUUUUUGGUAAAUUCAUACCUCAGAGAAAAAUGAAAUAAAAUAUUCGCAGAAAUAAUAAACAGUAAAUUAAUAAAUGAAUGCAAAAUUAUAAAAACAAAAAAAUACAACUUCAAAACCAAUACAAGAAUAAAUUAAAAAAUAAAAAUAUAAAAUUGUAUAGAAUAUUAAAUUGCGAAAAAAAAAUCAUAUACACUAUUUACUAAUUAAUUGAUAAAAAAAGAUUUAAAAAUAUAUAUUAUUGAAAAUGAAUAACGAACAUCCACUUUGAACAAUUUUUUCCAAUUAACAACAACACCACAAUGAGGAAAACUCAAGAGAGAAAAAAAGGAAAAAUAUCAGUCUGUGUGCCUCUGGCGGAAGCCUAUUUUGAGCUUUAGUAGAUCUAUCGCUGUUCAUUUUCUUAUCAUUGUUUUUUUUUUUUUUUUACAUAUAUAUAUAUAUACAAACAUAUAUUGAUUUUUCUUUUUAAAUUUAACCUUAUAAAAUUGUUUUAAAAAUAAAAAAGUAAAAUUUUAUUUAACUUAAGAUUAAAAUUAUAUAAAAAAAAAAGGAAACGGAUGUGUGAUUGGCAAGCAACGCAACUCUGAUAAUCAUGAUCUUUGUUUACAAAUUAUGUUUUCUUUAAUUUUCUUUUUUUUAUAUAAAUAAAAACACAUUUAAUACGAAUACAAACAUGAUGCGGUUUAUAUAGUAAACGAAAAAAGAAUGAAACUAAUAAAUAAAAAGCUUUCAGUUCAAGAAUACAAAAUUAAAAAAAAAAAAAACAAUAA